ACGGUGUGAGGCGGCAGAAGCUCUGGAGGACCAAAGACACUCUGAGACAUUUGACUUGGAUUUGGCGCUGAAGUCCGUCGAGGCCCUCUACUAUGGACUCAGGAGGUCAAACGGUGACCCGGACGCCCCUGCUUCCUGUGGUUCUGUUGGUUCUGACCUACUGGUCACAUGCCUCACCUGAGGGAGUCAAGCUGAGUUUAAAGGUCAGGCGGGGUCAGUGGGCCCACCUCCACCCCGAUGACCUGCAGCUCCGGGUUCGCCAUCAGCAGGAUGCCUGUAAGGUGGAGGUGGUGCCAAACGAGCCCAUAACUCAGCGAGUGGGGAUGCUCACGCCUCAGGUGUUUGAUUGUCACUUCCUGGAUGAUGAGGUGAAGUAUGUCCAUAACGGCUGUCCACUUUUAAAGGAGGACAUUGUCUGGCUGAGAGUCUAUCGAUUCACUGUGACGGGAACAUCCACGGACGUUUUCACUCUCCAUGUGGACAUUGUGGAACCUGAGUGCACCAUCAUCAGACCGGGGCUCAAAUCCCUGGAGGUUCCUGAGUUCUACGGCCUCAGUGACACUGUGGAUGCUAAUGUGUUGUCUUUCCACUAUGAGAAUAGGUCCAGCCUGGAGUGUCUUGUCAGUCUGAGCAGCCGUGUCACCCACAUGCCCGCACACGGCCAGCUGGUCACGGGGGAACUCGAUACGCCUGCCAAGAGAGGGGAUGAGCCAGAGAGUUUCAUCCUGCUACGUCAGCGGCUCGAUAAUAAGGAACGAGCGAAGUGCAAAACUGAAGACUGCCUGAAGGGCCUAAAGCUGGUGAAGAUCACCAAAGUUCCCUGUGAUGACUUCCUGGUGAUGGGGUUGAAGUACCAGCAUGUAGACCCUCCAUCUCCACACAUAGACUAUAUCACAAUCAGACUGGACCUCAAGGACACCAGGAGCGGCGUCAUAUAUCAGUCCGAACAGGCCUGGAUACCUGUGCGGAUAUCUGGGGCAAUGCCCAAUCUGCCUCCCAAACCGUUCUUCAUGUCCAUGUUCAUCCUGGAAGUGGACCAGUUCAUCCUCACUCCCCUGUCCACUGCCACACUCGAUGCUGAAGAUGAGGAAACACCUAGGCAGCUUCUGGUUUUCAACAUCACCAAGCCCCCUGUGGAAGGGUUCUUCACCCACCUGUCAGAGCACACUCGACCCAUCUCCUCCUUCACAUGGCUCGAUCUCAAUGACAUGCUCAUCGGGUAUCAACCCCCAAAUUCCUCCCACGCUCAACGCCGGAAUUAUGAGGUGGAAUUUGAGGUUCAUGAUUUUUUCUUUGAGAGGAGUCCACCAAUAACGGUUCACGUAUCUGUCAGGAACGCAGACACAACUGCACCCAGAGUGUCGUGGAACACUGGUCUCAGUCUGUUGGAGGGACAGUCUCAUCCAAUAACAUGGGAGCAGCUCCAGAUCGUGGACCAUGACAACCUGAGUGCUGUUCGGAUCAUCAUCGUGGACGGGCUGCAGCAUGGGCGGCUGACGGUCAGAGGCGUAAAAGGUUUCAUGUUUACCGUCAGUGACAUCCAGGCGGGUGUCGUUCACUAUCACCAUGACGACACCGACUCCAUCAAAGAUUUCAUCAUCUUCCGCAUCACGGACGGCCUCCACCAGACCCGGCACAAGUUCCCCAUUAAGAUCCUGCCAAAGGAUGACACCGCCCCCUUCCUAGUCGCCAACCUGCUGCUGGAGGUGUUCGAGGGCCACACGGCCCUGCUGAGUGGCUCCGCCCUCCAGGCAUCGGACAUGGACUCCAGUGACAACUACAUCGUUUUUAACAUCACCCGCCCCCCUCAGGCCGGACAAAUCCUGAAAAUCCCAGAACCGCCACUGACAGGUUACGCUGUCAGUCACUUCCUGCAGAAGGAUCUGUCUCGGUCCCUGGUUUACUAUCGCCACACCGAGAACAAGGUCUUCCAUGACUCCUUUGAGGUGGUGCUGUCGGACUGCCAUGAUCCGCCCAACCUGUCAGAACCUCAGGUGGUGAUGGUGCACAUUGAACCGGUUCCAGAUCGGCCCCCUAAAGAGGUUCCUGGUUCCAGACGAUAUCUUGUGGUCAAAGAAACGGAGGUAUGCCACAUAACACGACAACAGCUUCACUUUGUGGACCAGGACUCUCCGGACAGUGAGCUGACGUACACCGUGAGCUCACCGCCAUUCUACACCGGCCUUCACAGCAGCAGUCCUGAUGCAGGGAGGUUAUUCCUCGCUGACGGAAUUCCAAACCUCUCCAAAGACUCCGUUGUUCCCGAGCUGAGACUCUUCACACAGCUCGCAGUGAACUUCAUGAAAGUUGCCUACAUGCCUCCACUUGUGGACAUCGGUCCGUCUGUCCGACACAUCCAGUUUGUCCUCUCCGUUACCAACCGUGUGGGGAAAACAGUCAGUGGGAUCUGCUUCAACAUCACUGUGCUUCCAGUGGACAACCAACCACCCCAGGUUGUCACUGACCUUCUAACAGUAGACGAGGGAGGAGAGCGGCAUCUCACCCCAGAACAUUUGUUGCUGUCAGAUGUUGACUCUCCAGAAGAGUGCCUUCAGGUUGAGCUUCAGGGAGAACCACAACAUGGAACUCUGCAGCUUGGUGGUGCCAUCCUGAAACCAGGCCAAUCGUUCACUGCAGAAGACCUGAAAACCCUUAAAGUUCGGUAUAUCCAUGACAACUCAGAAACUGUAGAGGACAACGUGGAGUUGACGGCGACAGACGGAACCAAUUCAGUCACUUUUGUGCUGCAUAUGAAGGUGCUGCCCGUCAACGACCAGGUCCCAGUCUUGGUUGCUGGACUGAAACCAGUCCUCGGUUGUGCAGAGGGACAGGAAGCUGUCAUCACGGCUGAGUACCUCCAAGCUAUUGAUGCCGAUAGCGAUAAUAGUAGCCUGGCCUUCCUGAUCGCCCGCUGGCCGUCUCACGGCAUGGUGCUCAGAGACGGCGUUACCGUGGACAGUUUUAUUCAGGGAGACGUGGCUGCGGGGAUUGUCAUGUACAGACACACAGGCCUGGAGGUCGGACUCGCGCCUCGCCGUGACAUCAUCACCUUUGUAAUUUCUGAUGGAGAAGCAGAAAACUGCAGAGGAAGCCCCAUCAGGACCAGAGACAGUCUGCCCACGUACGACCUGGAGGUCACAGUGUUUCCGGUCAACAACCAGCCGCCGGUUCUCACCACAGGUGACAUAUUUGUGGUGGAUGAAGGUGGCUCUGGCCCGUUGACAACCUCCCAUUUAAAGGCGUCAGAUGUGGACACGGUUCUGGACGCGGUGGUGGUCAGUCUGAUUACUCCGCCACAGUUCGGCUACAUUGAAAAUGUUUUGCCAAGUCCUGGCUAUGAGAAAAGUAACACCGGCAUAAGUAUCGCCUCAUUCUUUUACAAAGACCUUGUUGCUGGUCACGUGAACUAUGUGCAGUCCAGACACCAGAAGGUGGAGCCAACCGCAGACCACUUCAUGCUUUGUGCGUCAGACGGCAAACACAGCUCUGCGCACGUGCCCUUUUACAUCAUCAUCAACCCGACCAACGAUGAAAUCCCAGAGUUUCUGGUUCGGAACAUCACUGUACGAGAAGGAGGAAUGAAACGACUGGACUCAUCGCUUCUAAACGCAGUGGAUCUGGAUGUUCCCAAAAACGUUCUGGUCAUCAGUGUCAUCAAACCCCCCGAUCACGGCAGCAUCAUCAACCACAGUGGCAGAAAGUGGCGGGAAACCAAGCACCAGACCGCAGUGGUCGACUUCACCAUGACUGACCUCACCAAUGGUCUGGCUGUGGCCUAUGUGCAUGAUGACUCGGAGAACAUGGAGGACAGUUUCACCCUUCAGAUGACCGAUGGCAAACACCAGCUCCGCCAACACGUGGCGGUGAAAGUUCUGCCCGUGAACGACGAGCAGCCUCGUGUCAUCAGGAACAACGGCGUGGAGGUAGAGCCAGGAGAAAUCCGCCUGAUCUCCAGCGCCGUGCUCUUUGCACAGGAUGCCGAUACGGCACCGGCAGAGCUCCUCUACGUGUUUGAGCACGUUCCCACCCAAGGUCUGCUGCAGGUCAAGGGAGGCCAGAACUGGGUCUCACUGACGGCGGAAGCAAACUGCUCCCAGGACAUGGUGGACCUGAACCUGCUGCGCUAUGUGCACACAGACGUGCACAGUAUUAAGACACAGGAUGUCUUUGUUUUCCACCUGCUGGACGGGAAAAACCGAUCACCUGCGCAGCACUUCCACAUCGCCAUCAAAGAGCUGGACAGAGGGAGCAUCGGCGUCUUCGUGAAGUCAGUGAAGGUGAGUCGCGGCGAUCGAGUGAUUCUCACCACAGAGGUGCUACUGGCCACAGAUGGCACAGAUGAGCCCGAGGACCUCCUCUACGUGGUCACCGACCCGCCUGCUCACGGACACCUGGAGUACAUCCACCACCCCGGACAGCACAUUUCCACCUUCAGCCAGAUGGACAUCGCCGCCAGCCUUGUGGGUUACGUGCACAGCAACCGAGCAGACGCACCGACAGACAGCUUUCAGUUUAUCGUCAGUAACGGUCAGACGAGUCGAAAUGGAAGCUUUGUGGUUGCCGUGGAAAUGGUGGAUCGUAUGCUUCCAUCUCUGUCCCACAACAAAGGCCUGACGCUCCCUCGGGGCUCAUCCAUGAUCCUCGGCCCCAAGCACCUGGCCCUGUCCGAUCCAGACACCCCGCCCACUGACCUGGUCUUUGUCCUGAUCCAGCCACCGCAGUAUGGCAGGCUGGUUGUGGGCGAGUCCACUCUGACCGCUGGCUCCAAUUUCACCCAGAGAAACAUCCAGGAACUGGAGGUAACGUAUAACCACAACGGAGGCCCAUCGCAGAUCGACCGAUUCACCUUUACGGCCUCUGACAGCACAAGGCGGGGUUUCCUGCUGGAUGGGCGGUUACACACAGAUCCCGCCUUCUUCAUUAUUCAGGUCAAACCACUGGACAGGUCAUCUCCUGUGGUGGUGAAGCUCCACCCCCUUUGGAGGGCGGAGCUUUUAGACGACGGCCGAUACGCCAUCUUCCUGUCAUCUCAUGAGCUGAAGGCUCAAGAUGAACACAGCAGAGAAGAAGAGCUGAUGUUCUACAUCAUUCGCCCGCCGUACUUUGGUUACCUGGAAAACACGAGCACAAUGGAAUUUGUGCCACAGUGUUUUUCUCAGAUGGACCUGAACAGGAGAACCGUUGCGUACAUCAUCGAUGUGACCACAGAGUCUCUAGGAGACAGCCUGGAGUUCAGAGUGUCCGAUCCGUUAGGGAACACUGGGCCGGUCCACCUAUUGGACCUGAGCUGGUCCCGGGUGGAGCUGUCCAGGUCCGAGUACUCGGUGUGCGAGCAGCAGGGAAGCAUCUCUCUGGACAUUGUUCGAAAGGGGAACAUCGCCAAGUCCUCAUACAUCACGAUAAAGGUUAAGGAGGAGAGCGCAACGGCGGGAAGAGAUUUCACCUUCAGUCCUUCUCCACUUAUUCAGUUUGAUCCAGGCGCACGGAAGCAGAGCUGGACAGUGGCGAUAAUUAAGGACCAGCUGGAGGAGGCGGACGAGGUCUUCGAGGUGAUGCUGACCUCGCCUGAUGGAACCGUCAUCGGCAGAAACCAGAAAGCUUGGGUCAUCAUCCAGGACGCCGAACGAGGGCCGUGCAGGCAGGACCAGGGCCAGAACCAGGGCCAGGGCCAGAACCAGGAAGCUCCUGCUCAGCAUGGAUUGAUUCUUGUGGAAAAGCUGCCGCAGGGAUCCGGAUCCGUCAUCUGGCGCCGCGGUGACGAACCUGGAAGCAAAAAGAAGCUCAGAGUUCUCGCUGGCCCAAAUGCCGUCACACCUGUCUCGAUCCUGAGGAAUGGGACGGACGUGGUUUACAUGUACCACAGCGUCACGCACAUGCGGGUGGAAGACGACACGUCCCCAUCCAGGAAAAGCAGGAAGGCCAAAGUCCACAUGGUCAGCAGGGGGACAAAGCCAAAGUCAAAAGACCCGAUUCAGAGCCGAGCAGAGCCGGACAGAGGACACGUGCCCUUUGGCCCGGCGGUGGCUAAGCGUUGUGGACCAGAUCUGAAGGGUUUGCUCCAUUUGAACCACAUCGGCGGCGGGCUGCUUCAGUGUGACGGGUUCUCCUGGCAGCCCUGGUCACCCUCUCAGUGGAUGCUGGCUGCUCAAGUGUGUCCUCGUGGGUGGAGCUUCCACAGCGGACGCUGUCACGUGUUCAGUGCCGAGCACAGAGCCACGUGGAUCGGCGCCAGCCGGGCUUGCAGAGAGCGACAUAAUGCUGCGCUGACCGAUGUGCUGUCCAAAGUCCACAUGGACUGGCUCUGGGACUUCUCCGGAAGGAAACCCUUCUGGAUUGGCCUGAAUGACAGGGAGGGCCGAGGAUGCUGGGAGUGGGUCGGCGGUGAGCCGCUCACUUACACCAACUGGAGGAAGACGUCACCCCGCUCCAAAGGGAAGAUGAGCUGGAAGUGCGUCCUGGUGUGGAAAAGAGCAAAGUGGCAGAUCAGAGACUGCAGGACGAGCAGAGCGCACCGCUACGUGUGUGCCACCAACAUCCCGGAGUGAAGCUGUGAACAGUGCUUCAUUUGAUCCAAGGAUUAAAGGCAAGGAUCAAAGGACAAACCACAAGAGGGGCUUUGUUCACUCUAAUGAAGCACUGUGUCGUUACCAUGUCUGAAACCAUAAGUGACACUUUGUGCGCUCUGAUGAAGCACUGUGUCGUUACCAUGUCUGAAACCA